UUCGCGAGCUCAGCAACAGACGCAGACGUGCGAUAAAUCCAAGGAAAGCUAGUUUGCGGUCCCAGAAACCCAUCGAUAAUAAUAACUGCCAAAAUAACAGUGGCGUGUGCUGCACUGUCUAAAAGUGGGGCCAUUGUUUGUACUGGCAAAUACUCGGUGAUCAGUGGAUCAAAGUGCUGUUAAAGUGAAACGAGCUGUGGCGACUGCAUUGACAAAGGAAGUGAGUGAACGGGUUUCGGCCAGUAUUUUCACCAGGCCAAAUCGGAGAGCCGACGCUGAGCGUCAGUGAAUGCAAUUCCAUUUUCGAAACACACAGAAACGAAAGUCUGGCGAAGAAAGUUCUCCGACGACGAAUGCAAAAAUCGAAUUGCCAGUUAACUGAGUAAACCAGAAACUCCUGCAGGAAUUACACGGCCCAGAGUGCGAGAAGAAACCUGAACCGAAUCGAAGCACGGACCCUGGCAUGCGAGUGCAGUUGCAAGGCGAAGGAUAAUGAAAAUGGGGAGCCAGGACAUCGACGGAGCGAAAUUAAAAGCAAACAGCCACAGGAAGCGGCGAUGCAGUCCGCUGCUGAAUGGCAUUAUCUUGCUCUACAAAGUGGCGAUGAUAUCAGCAUCAGCAGAUGUUCCCGAACCGGCAGCCCCCUACAGUCAGCCCCUCACCACGAUGGCCGGACAGCCGCGCAACGAUGACACCUUCCGUCCCAUCCUGCCCAUCGACAUCAGUCCGGAGUUCAUUUCCCGUAACGUCUUCACCAAGUCGGGGCAAUAUAGGGUCUUCCAGCCGGCGGAGACUGAGAGCGAUCUUCGCCUGACGGUGGCCAUGAGGCGCCGGAACUUCAAGCAUCCCUCGGACUCACCCAGAAAUGAGGAGCCCACGGGUUCACCAGUCAACGCGAGCCACUCCUCCGCCUCAAUUGAAGCCGAGCUGAAGGGCCUGGAGGAUCUGCUGGUGGACUAUGUGGAGCAGUUCUUCAGCCAGGGAAAAUAUGAGCCCACCCCCGGGUUGAUCUUAGCCCUUCAGCAGAACCACUCGCACACACAAACUCAGACUGGCCAACGCACCACUCGCAGCAUUUUGGAGGACACCAAUAUCGAGCUGAAUGUUCCCAGAGCCUUCGAGAGUGCUCGGCUGCUUUUCUUCAGCGGCUUGAAGAAGGUUAUGUGGCCCAUCUACAUGGGUCUGCAAGUGCUGAAGAGCGUGCUGUUUGCCAUGUUCCUGCCGACCAUCAUAAGCAGUGUUAGCCGGCUGAUUGGCAAGGGCAUCACUUCCGGUUCGGCUGGCUCGGUGCCGCUGUUCAUCCGCCCCAUGGAACCGCCGCAGGAACUGGACUUCCGGGACAACAGCAUGAACUUCGAUGACGACAGCAAGUUCUCCUUGGCGGACGAGGGCAAAACUCCAGCUGGCUACGAGUACAACGCAGAGGCUUCCCAGCAGCAAGCGCAAUAUGCUCAGGUCAAUGGGAAUUCGGUGAAUCAGGCCACUCUUUCGCGCUACGGGGGCCAGCAGAUGAUGCAGGACACGUAUCUGAGUGCUCUGCAGAGCAUAGGAGCCGCAUCCUUUAAGAACUCCCAGAGCAUGUCGGGAUCCUUCAGCGCCGGAGCUGGAGGUGGUGCUCCUGGAAUGACGAAGAAGCCAACGCCGGCGGUGAUGAACACGUUCCAGAGCUUCCAGAAGGUUCCGAGCUCAUCGCUGCUGCUCUCCAACUACGAUCCCUUCUACAGUCCCCUGCUUUCCCGACUGGACUCGGUGUUUGGCCAGCUCAAGCUGAAUCCUGAGAACGAGGCUUGCCGCGAGAAACUCAUCUGCCUGAUGUACGCCAACCCCGCAAAGUAUGCUCCGUACAGCAACCUGGUCUCCGCCCAACUGAGCAGGGAACUGAACGAGCUGCGGAAGCCGACCUCCGACAACCCGGACAUUCUGCGGUUCUUCAAGUACAUGCGGGCGGCAAAGGACGGCCAGGAUGGCAUCGACUGCGACGAGUCCUUCGCCAAGUGCAAGGAGCUAAAGGACUUCGAAAAUCCGGCCAUGCUGUCCACCUACAACGACAUCAACAAACUGGUCCAGGCCCGCAAACUGGCGUAGACGGGGUCGAAAAGUCACGAAUGACAUUCCUGGGCGGGGGUCACAGAUGACAGCCAAGUAAAGUUUGCGGGAGUAAUGUCAAAAGUCCGUCCGACUGGAUGUAAUUAUGCAAAUCGUACUUU